CCCAACUCCACGGCAAGCAAGAGCCACCUCCUGAGGGAGAACUACACCUUCUCGGCAUACUACCAGCACUCCUCCCCCGUAGCCGCCAUGUUCAUCCUGGCCUACACCUUCAUCUUCCUCAUGUGCAUGAUCGGCAACAUCCUGGUGUGCUUCAUCGUGGUGAAGAACCGCCAGAUGCGGACGGUCACCAACAUGUUCAUCCUCAACCUGGCCAUCAGCGACCUGCUGGUGGGCAUCUUCUGCAUGCCCACGACUUUGGUGGACAACCUCAUCACGGGUUGGCCCUUUGACAACGCCAUGUGCAAAAUGAGCGGCCUGGUGCAGGGCAUGUCCGUCUCCGCCUCUGUUUUCACACUGGUGGCCAUCGCUGUGGAGAGGUUUCGCUGCAUCGUCCACCCCUUCCGCCAGAAGCUGACACUGAAGAAAGCCCUGGUGACCAUCGCCAUCAUCUGGGUCCUGGCCCUGCUCAUCAUGUGUCCCGCUGCCAUCACCUUGACAGUCACCAGGGAGGAGCACCACUUCAUGGUGGACACCUACAAUAACUCCUACCCCCUCUACUCCUGCUGGGAGGCCUGGCCUGAGACAGGGAUGAGGAGGAUCUACACCACCAUCCUCUUCUCCCACAUCUACGUGGCUCCCCUUGCCCUCAUCGUUGUCAUGUACGCCCGCAUCGCCUUCAAGCUCUUCAAGUCAGCAGCACCUGACAGCGGCCAAGGGGAGCCUGAGGGGAGGAGGGUCUCCCGAAGGAAGGCCAAGGUUAUCAACAUGCUCAUCAUUGUCGCCGUCUUCUUCACCCUGUCCUGGUUGCCCCUCUGGACACUGAUGCUGCUGACGGACUACGGGCGGCUGAGCGAAGGCCAGCUCCACCUGGUCACUGUCUACGUCUUCCCCUUCGCCCACUGGUUGGCCUUCUUCAACAGCAGCGCCAACCCCAUCAUCUAUGGCUACUUCAACGAGAACUUCCGACGGGGCUUCCAGGAGGCCUUCAGGGCCCCCUUCUGCUCACCCCACCGCCAUCGCCAUCACCAUCAUGGGCCCUACACCCCCAGGAGCCACAGCCGCGGGAUCCUCUUUGGCGCCCACAACCGUGUCUUUGCUCAGGCGCGGGCCAGCGACUCACCGCCUGCCUCCGAGUCGGGGCCGUUGGCGCCACGCCGCACUGGCGUCCCCGCGUGGGACAGUUGA